AUGAAGAAUCGGGAUGAUCUUGAUCCUAUGGCCAGUGAUGGGACAGUUGUUGCGACGCCCUUACAAGUUCAAGAUGCACCGACUUACCUUUUUACAUUUGGAGAUUCCUACACCCAGACCGAGUUCGCUGUCGAUGGCAUACAGCCAUCUACUACAAAUCCGAUGGGAAACCCGGCACUAGGGACCGGUACAACGAGCGGUGGUACCAAUUGGGUCGGAUACCUGACCACUCUAUACAAUGCUUCGCCGGUACUCAGCUACAACUUCGCCGUUGGAGGAGCGACAAUCGAUAACUCUAUUGUCGAUACUAAGGUUAAGGACGUGACAUCACAAGUCCGGGAUUUCGAGUUAGCAUAUAGCAAGAAGCCUAUAUCUGCGCCGUGGUCUUCAGAUAAUGCGGUGUUUGGGUUCUGGAUUGGGAUCAAUGACAUUGGCUGGGGUCAUCAAAACACCCAGCCUAGUGCACUUUUGCCGACAUUAAUGGCCCAGUACAAAUGUCUCAUUGAGAAAAUAUAUGCAUCUGGCGGACGGAAGUUCCUUUUCCUCAAUGUCCCGCCUACAGAUCGGAGUCCUAUGAUAAUCAAAGAGGGACCGGAAGCCGUCAAAACAUACACUACGUGGGUGAAGGCUUACAAUAACGGCCUUCAAUCAAUGAUCAAUGACUUUAAGUCGAGUCGCACUGAUACUAUUAUCGUUCUUUACGAUACCUGGUCCUUUAUGCCGAAGAUCUUGGACGAUCCCCAGACAUAUGGAUUUUCGAAUGCCACCUCUUUUAAUGAGAAUGGCACCUCCUGUAUUUGGUGGAAUCAUUAUCACCCCGGGCAGAACUACCAUAAACUACAGGCAGCGGAUAUGGUUCAGUACUUGCAGCCUCUCGGUGCUGGCAUGGAAUGUGUUGAUCAAGAGCAUGCGGUUAUCACCCCUCCAUUAUCCGGCUACCACCGGAACUCCCAACUUGGCGAACAGCCAUACAGUCUCCGCGAAAGAGUUGCGCACCUGGAGAACCUUGUAGAGGGAUUGACCAAGCGACUAGACCAACGGGACUCUAGAACUCCGCCUUCGGACGGGAUAAAAGCGAAUUCAAGGCCACUGGCUACCGAGCCAGACGAACUAGGCCCAUCCAGUGACCAGAUUUGCAAUGCGCCGAUACUACAGCUGUUUGACAACUAUCUCGUGAGUCGCCAAGAAGACUCGUCUAAUAAUGAUAAAUUCGCCGGUGUUCAGGACAUGUCGCCCAAGGCCGAAGCAGUGCGUACAGAACUCAUGUCUCUCCUUCCUCCCGCAGAGGAUAUAAAUAAGAUAAUCAACGCGUCCUUCCAUUGGCUCGUGUGGCACGACCAUCUUCCAGAGCUGUUCGAUCAACAUGCCGACAUACUCGUUUUUAAUGAAAAUCGCUGCGAUAAUCUAGUGGCUCCCGCCGAAGUUGCUAAGGCACUAAUGUGCCUGUGUAUCAGUGCGAUUCAUGCACCGCCUGAAUUUGACAUUGGUACCUUAACCGUGCCAUUUGAACUUCAGAAAUUUUCUGAUCAAUGCGUUGAGAUGGUGGACCGUUUAAUUGUCCGUGAUGACAACUUCGCGGCUACCCUGCCCGGUAUAGAAUGUCAGAUGUUGCUUCACAGGGUUCACUUGACUGAUGGCCGGCUCCGAAAAGGUUGGCUGGUGAUCCGUCGGGCAAUCGAGUUUGCCCAGUUAGCUGGAAUGCAUCUGUCUACCAAGGUUCCAAGGCCAAGCGACUCUUUUUAUGAAAGACGCUUGAAAAUCUGGUGUUCGCUGGCAACAUCCGAUCGAUUCCUGAGUUUGAUUCUUGGCCUGCCUUAUGGUAUCAGCGAUCAAUUCUUUUUGCCCCAAAUGGAGCAACGUCUCAAUUCAGACUUAUCAGCUCCCGAGGAAUACCUGUUGCGCAUUGGAAGUAUCACGGGACAUAUGGUUGAUCGAAACCAAGACCCUUCCAAGAUGACUCUCACAGCAACAUUACGACUGGACCAAGAGCUGCAGGAUUCUUGGGAAUCCAUGCCAAGUCACUUCCAAGCCGCAGAGCCUUGUCAGGAUGAGAAACGGGAACACUAUGUUGAGAGAGUCCCAUUGCAAUUCAUGUUCAAGCUACUGCGUGCUCUUCUCCAUCUCCCCCUAAUGCUGCAAUCUCUGCACAAGCCUCAAUUCCGUCCAUGCCACACGAUCGCGAUUCAAUCGGCAAGAGAAGGACUCGUUCUAUACAAGGUCCUUCGAUCGAACGUCAAGCCCUAUUUGUGUAAGAUGAUCGACUUUAUGGCCUUUACGCUAUGUCUUCUUUUGAUAAUCCACCUGCACGGCUAUUCCGACGAAGAUCCAGAUCAAAAUAAAGAGCAAGAUGAAAAAGACUGGGACAUGGUAAAGAAGGUCAUUGAGAUCCUUCGCCAAGCGGCAACAGAGCUAGGAGGCUCGGUUGCUGCCGAGUCUGCGAAUAUCCUUGGUGCCAUCCACGACAGCAAAGAUCUCAAGCAAGAUUGGAGCUGUAUCUCGAGUUGCAAAAUUACAGUGCCUUAUUUUGGUACUAUUACGGUCGGCGCAGGAACUAAGUUCUCCAAGGGUCGCCUCAAAGGCAAGAAGCAAACAUCAGUAGUAUCAGGCACAACGGGGACGGAGACUUCUUGCCCGGGACAAUGCCCCAGUCAGCUCUAUACACCGCCGAUGUCUGACCCUGAAAGUGCACCAACUGCAAACUCUAAUGUCUUAGAUGGUGCUUCCCUCACACCCACGAUGGCGCCUGGAUAUCCAGACGAGUCAUGGCUUUCGAGGAGUGAAACGGGGACAAACCCACAUGUUGGCCUGGAGCUCAACGCGUUCAGUGGACUAUUCGAUGAUUUUGGGCAGUAUAUGUGGCCAAACCAUAAUGUUGACCUCGGACUUGAUCAAGGCUGGAAUCUGAACUGGUCAGAUGGUGUGCCACCACCAUGA